GGUGAGGUUAACGGUCUUCACGAAACUCCCUGGAAUGUCCGUUGUCAAAGGGCAGUCGACAGCAACAAGCAAAAGCUACGACAGAUAAGAUUGCAUCACUGAAGAUUGCAUCAUGUCUGGCCUGAACAAGGAGAGCUAAGCUGGUGGUUUUUAAAACAACGAAUUUGUCUUUAAUUGUAUACCUGAACGUGUUAUUUAAAACAUAACAUUCUAUUAAAAAAUUAACUGUAUUCUAUAUUUGCUGGGAAAAAAAUUACAAGUCAUCCAACAGAAUUCAAAUGUUUAAGGCUGAUAACCAAAGUAUGGAGUCACGCUGCUAGAUUUAUGAUGGCUAUUGACCGCGCCGUGGAUCGUACUAUGACAGUUGACGGUCUUAACGAACGAUCAAACAUCAAGAGCCAUCGCGUAAUAGAACAUAACAACUGUGCAUAUCGACGCAGUCUUCUCCGCGAGACCUGCGUUUCUUCCGGCAUUAGUAAAGACCAAGAGCGAGAAACCUGCGAAGUUUACGGCGAUCACGCACCAGCAUCAGACGAAGCCUCAUUUUGCUGGAAGAAGCAUCAGUAUGCGGCACCACCUUCCUUCUUAUCGUCUGCCCCUGUCGGUCCAAACUCGCCUCUAAUUAAGGAGUUAUCGUCUACAAAUUUUAAAAGUUGGCUAACUCGAUCCCAAACUUGUGUUGGAGACCUAAACUUCUUCGAUAUCGGCUUGCAAGUUAGUUCAAAAGAGAUUAGCUGCCAAAGGAAGCAAAAUCUGUUAUCGUUCUAUCACACUUGUUCGCGAAGUAAAUUCUAUGAUUAUGACCCACAUAAGUGUUUAGAAUCUAAUGAUUUAGGUGCUGAUCGCAAUCUGUGGGCUGCAUUUAAUGAGGUAACUCACAACUUGACUCAUCCUAGCAUCGAUUGUUACUACGACGCUGGGCUUGAUGAUGUCGCCGACUCCGGAGUUUUUUUUAAUUGUCCAUUAGAAAAAUCCUCUUCCAAUGGUCGCACCAGAAUUCGAAGAUCUUCAUUGUCAGAGACGCAUAGUUCCCGCUUUAGUUCAUCACUUCACUUCUGUUCUGCUACAAAUCAGUCUGGUUUCCCCGAGACUCGUUGCACAAUUCCACACCACAACUUGCUUCAAGCGGUUAAAUUUGAUUCAAAGGAUCGUCCAUCUGCUCAUUCAGAAGUGCAUGAAAACUGUGACGCCAGUAAAGUGCUUUUGUCGUGCAAAUUCGACGCUCAGGCCAGCACAUGUAAACUCCAAACGCCACACAAAAGUUCAUCAGAAGCAGGCAGCUUGUGCGAGGAGUCGGUGUCGCAACAGCUGCUACCGUCGCAGAGGCCCUGUCAGUUUCUGGAACUGCCGAGCUCGAUCUCACAGGCUCGACUCAGCCCUCUCCCAGCGGCGGACACCAUCGCCGCUGCGGCAGUCGGAUUUUCUCCUCAAUCUUUGGAUUACUGGAAGAUGAUGCCGUGCAGCGGCAAGAAGUUCAAGGUCUUUUAUUCCUUAGUAAGCCAAGCCUGGCUUACUGCCUUAGUAUUGCUCAGCGGCGUCUUCGUGCCGGGUGCGUGGUGCUCCCAGUAUGGCGACGCUGAACACAUCACAGCCAUCCUCGGUGACGCGGUGGUGCUGAACUGUCCAGUGUCACAGCCAGACACGCCGUACAUCAUCCAGUGGAAAAGACAGCACCACAAGAUCCCCAUCUACAUCUGGUACGACGGCUACGACCCUCACGUUGAGGAAGCUUACAAAGGGCGUGCGUCUCGAGUCAACCAAGACACCACCCUAGGCCUGGCCUCCCUCAACCUCACGGCUGUCAAGGAGGACGACCAAGGCUGGUACGAGUGUAAGGUCUUCUACCUCGACCGCACCGGCGCCACCGAUAAUGGAACUUGGAUACACUUGGAUGUGCACGCGCCCCCUCGCUUCACGACCACCCCUGAUGACGUGACCUACGUCAACAUUGGCGACUCCAUCAUCCUAAACUGCGAAGCUGAAGGCACUCCGAAGCCUGAGAUAUUUUGGUUUCGAGAUGACGAUCCUGUCACUCCCAGCGAGAGCGUCGGUAUCUUCAACGAUGGCACUGAGCUCAGGAUAAACAAGAUUCGCGACCAGGAUAUCGGCGACUACCUCUGCGUUGCAAGGAACGCUGAAGGCCGCGUUCACCACGAAGCCAAGGUCGUCAUUGCUGGAGGCGCUGUGAUUAUAACGCCUCCGCACAACAUGACGCGGCAGGAGGGAGAAAAAGCCGAAUUCCCUUGCGAAGCAAAAGCCUUGCCUGGCAAUGUGACAGUCUCUUGGAAGCGUGAGGACGUUCCUAUUAACCGACUGUCGUGGUUGGACACUCGCUCUAUCUUGCGCCACGACGGAACGCUCGUCAUUAACCCGACGAGCGCUGACGAUGGAGGAUUCUUCACGUGCGAGGUCUCCAAUGGCAUCGGCACUCCGCAGCGCGCGGUCGCCUACCUCAAUGUUGAGUAUCCAGCACGCGUGACCUACACGCCCACGGUUCAGUACUUGCCCUUCCGGCAGCAAGGCAUCGUCAAAUGCCACAUCAAAGCUAACCCUGAGGUGCAGUUCGUUACGUGGAUCAAAGACAAGAGACUUUUCGAGCCUGACAAUGAAGAGGGUGUCGUCAAGCUUAAGAAUGGCUCUCUGCUGUUCACGAAGGUGAACCAGAGUUACCAGGGCCGCUACAGCUGCACGCCGUACAACAAGCACACCACGGCGGGGUCAUCGGGCGACAUGGAGGUGUUGGUACGCGAGCCCCCAGAGUUCGCCCCCCGACCGCAGCCCCAAUACCACGGGCAACUGGGCGAGGAGGUCACCCUUGUCUGUGGGGGCUCAGGCUCCCCCACCCCCUCUGUCACCUGGCGCAGGCGCGAUGGUCUGAACCUGCCCCGUGACCGGACCGAGAUACACGGCGGCAACCUGACCAUCAAGUCGCUGCUGAAGAGUGACCACGCCUUCUACGAGUGCGAGGUCAAGAACGAGAUCCUCGUGAUAGUGGCCAGCACCCAGGUUCUUGUGGAGAACACCACCCCUCACCCGCCCUACAACAUCACCACCAAGACCUCCUCCUUCAGCGUCGAACUGUCGUGGUUGCCAGGAUAUCCCGGCGGCCGAGACUGGGAGCAGAAGUAUACUAUUUGUUCUCCGACAUCAUCACCGCCACCACCCAGGAAUACGAUCACUGGCAGAUGGUAGUCUAUCCCACUGACUCCUCCGGAACCACCUACUUCCCUACCAUCGUCAACCCUAAAGGCCCACAGCCUCCACCACCUCGCAACGUGACCAUCACUCCUAAUGGCGGAGGCUACACCAUCUCGUGGCUUCCUCCUCUAGGCUCUGUGCCGAUAACCUCUUAUGACAUCGAGCACAAGACAGGGGACAGCAAUUGGAAGAAACUCAACAAGCGGGAGAUCGUCAACGUAACCUCUUAUCACGUUGACAAACUCACUCCUGGAAAGACGCAUCGGUUCAAGGUUUUUGCCAAGACUUUGACGAGCUUCCAAGUGUCGGAAGAAGUUUCCGUCACUCUCGAAGAACUGGAUAAGAAAAAGGCCGUGACUGCUGCUGUUGUCGGAGGAAUGUUGCUCUGCAUUGUUGCGAUUAUCUUGUCGGUCUUCACCGUUAAGAUUUGCAACAAAAGAAAGAGAAAAAAGCAGGAAAAAGAAUUGCAAUCGCACAUUUUCUAUGACACAGCCUACAACAUGGUGGCUUGCCGUGUGUCCGAGACGAGAAACGGAGGCUACAGAGGAAGCGCAGUCCCUCUUAAAAACCCUGCAGCCGAGAGCGUAGUGUUUGUGGCCCGGACUGGAUGUUGCAGUCCUCGUUGCAGCCGAGCCGCUCAAGACCUCCUCCAUGUCACACCAGAUUUUGUCUAAAAUUUGUACUGCGACUUGAAAUGGAAGGGGGCUAUUGCGGUGCAGAAUAUCGAGUGUAAAAGAAUUUAGGGUUUGGCUUGCGG